AUGCCCUUAUCCAAGAAAUUUACCCUAGCCGUCGGAUCCAAGCAAAACUGGUCUCUAUGUUUCGGUGUUCCCGACUCGGCUCGUAGCUUCGAUUGCUCCUUCUACAGCAAGCGUGAGGUUCACGACCAAGUGGUUGGCUACGAUGGCUGCGAGCACGACUUUCACCUCACUUACCCCGGAAUGCGCAACCAUCAGAUUCUAUCCUUGCCUUUCUCUCUCCUCUCGCGAUUCUCACUCACUCUCUCUCUCUCUUUUCUCUCUCUUCGCGCAAAACGGCCAGCCACUUUGGUUGGCGAUUUCUCCCAACUCCGGGGACCGUUUCAGGCGAGACCGGUCCCAAAAUCUUCCUCUCGACGUCCUCUUUCUAGCCUACUCAUUUUCGCAGCUCGAAAACUCAAGGAUUGGCGGCUGGAACGACGGGAAGUUUCGGCAGCCGCUGCCACGGUCGCCGUCGACGUUUCCGGCCACCUCGCGCUGGUUCAAAAGUGGGUUCUGAUUCUGAACCAAAGCAAAAUCAUUGCAGCAUCGCACCGCAGAGAUUUUACAAGUACAAAUAUGGAGCCCGAGGUGGUUCAUGCAGAGCUGGUGUUGCCAACCCACUUGAGCUUCAAGCGGAUUCAGAUGUACGAGAAGUACCCAAAAGGCCAAUCAAGAGGGAGACACUGGAAACACCUCAAGCAGAUCAUUCAGGCCGAGAAUUACCAGAAUUACCCACCCAAUGAACCCAAUUAUGUUAAUAUAGAGUCACCGCCCUCUAUGCAUCCAUGCAAGAGAAUUUGUGAUAUAACAGGAUACGAGGCACCUUACUAUGACCCAAGGACUGGCCUCCGCUAUGCCAAUGCUGAUAUCUUCAAGCUCAUAAGAUCUCUCCCCAAUGAAUAUGUCCAAAGAUAUCUGGCUCUCAGAAAUGCUGCUGUGGUUUUGAAGUAA